AUGGCAUCAUCGGCACAAGCACCAGGGGUACUCUCUCAGGUGAAUUCGUGGCAUUUUGACAUCGAUCGAUAUUUGAACCCAUUCAUUCCAGCCCCUCGAUGGCAUUUGGUUCCUAAACCAGUCGUCCAUUUUCUGGGAUAUAGGAAAGAACCACCCAAGCAGUUGGGAAAUAUCGUCAUUGCCUUUUGGUCGUUGGUGGGUGCAUUUUGCGGUGUGGCUCUGGUAGCCUUGGUCUCCGAACAUGUUCCCUCCUUUAAGGCUCGAGAUGCACCGGCUAUCAUUGGCAGCUUCGGUGCCGCCGCCGUCAUCGAAUUCUGUGCUAUCGAAUCCCCAUUUGCAGCGCCGCGAAAUGCUUUCUUCAGUCAGAUGAUUGCCUGUCUGGUUGGUGUCAGUAUCUCGAAGCUCUUCGCCUUGAAUCCCAACGCAGAGAACUAUACAUCACUUGGAGGUGCUUUGUCCUGUGGAUUGACCACUGUCAUCAUGGUUCUCACGAAUACGGUGCACCCACCGGCUGGUGCAACUGCGUUACUUGCUGUGACAAAUUCCCAGACAGCCGGCCUGGGCUGGUUCCUUUUUCCAGUCAUGAUUUUGGGGGUCACAUUGAUGCAAGCGACAGCUCUGAUCAUCAACAACAUCCAACGUCGAUUUCCUCUAUACUGGUGGACUCCACGACCCCUCUCACAACAACACCGAGUUGAUCUCGAGAAAUAUGAGAAGGCAGGAUCGGAUGUUCCCAGCCAAUAUGAAGACAGCUUAAAUGAGCCUCGACGGUUGGUAGUUGAACGCGACGAUAUGCAAGUCCCGAAUGGGAUAUACCUGACUGAAUUUGAGCGAGAUGUGCUGGACAAGAUCCAGGAACGUAUAUAG